CUCUGCCGGAGGAGCCGCGGGGCCGCCACACUCGCCCCCCGCCCCCCCUCGCUCACUCGCACUCACACCCGGGCGCAGGAGGCGGGCGGCCCGGGCCCCACCGGCCCCCCAUGGACGCCCCCGGCACGGGGCGCUGAGACCCCCGCGUCGCUGCCCAGCCCGGUCCAGCGCGCCACGCCGAGGGACCUCCGGACAGGACAAGAUUCCGAAGCUACUCCCCCAGCCCAGGACCCCCCCACAGACCCGGCUUCCCCCACAACCCCACUAUCUGCCACUCCCUGGCCCCUCUCACCGCCCGCCCCCCGUGGGGCGCAGGGCAUGGUGUGAAAGGCCAAGUGCUGAGGCGGGCACCAUGGGUGCUGGGCCCUAGGGCCUGGGUGGCGGGGGGUGGGCGGCCUGUGGGCGUGCCGGGGGGGCCAGUGUGCCCACCCCAGUCUCUUGGCGUGCUGGAGGGCAUCCUGGAUGGAAUUAAAGUGAAUGGAACAGAAGCCAAGCAAGGUGGAGUGUGGGUCAGACCCAGAGGAGAACAGUGCCAGGUCACCAGAUGGAAAGCGAAAAAGAAAGAACGGCCAAUGUUCCCUGAAAACCAGCAUGUCAGGGUAUAUCCCUAGUUACCUGGACAAAGACGAGCAGUGUGUCGUGUGUGGGGACAAGGCAACCGGUUAUCACUACCGCUGCAUCACUUGUGAGGGCUGCAAGGGCUUCUUUCGCCGCACAAUCCAGAAGAACCUCCACCCCACCUACUCGUGCAAAUAUGACAGCUGUUGUGUCAUUGACAAGAUCACCCGCAAUCAGUGCCAGCUGUGCCGCUUCAAGAAGUGCAUCGCUGUGGGCAUGGCCAUGGACUUGGUUCUAGAUGAUUCGAAGCGGGUGGCCAAACGCAAGCUGAUUGAGCAGAACCGGGAGCGGCGGCGGAAGGAGGAGAUGAUCCGAUCACUGCAGCAGCGACCAGAGCCCACUCCCGAAGAGUGGGACCUGAUCCACGUUGCCACGGAGGCCCAUCGCAGCACAAAUGCCCAGGGCAGCCAUUGGAAACAGAGGCGGAAAUUCCUGCCGGAUGACAUUGGCCAGUCACCCAUCGUCUCCAUGCCGGACGGAGACAAGGUGGACCUUGAGGCCUUCAGCGAGUUUACCAAGAUCAUCACCCCGGCCAUCACCCGCGUGGUGGACUUUGCCAAAAAACUGCCCAUGUUCUCUGAGCUGCCUUGCGAAGACCAGAUCAUCCUCCUGAAGGGGUGCUGCAUGGAGAUUAUGUCCCUGCGGGCGGCUGUCCGCUAUGACCCCGAGAGCGACACCCUGACACUGAGCGGGGAGAUGGCUGUCAAGCGGGAGCAGCUCAAGAAUGGCGGCCUGGGUGUCGUCUCCGAUGCCAUCUUUGAACUGGGCAAGUCACUCUCUGCCUUUAACUUGGAUGACACGGAAGUGGCUCUGCUGCAGGCUGUGCUGCUAAUGUCAACAGACCGCUCGGGCCUGCUGUGUGUGGACAAGAUCGAGAAGAGUCAGGAGGCGUACCUGCUGGCGUUCGAGCACUACGUCAACCACCGCAAACACAACAUUCCGCACUUCUGGCCCAAGCUGCUGAUGAAGGUGACUGACCUCCGCAUGAUCGGGGCCUGCCACGCCAGCCGCUUCCUCCACAUGAAAGUCGAGUGCCCCACCGAACUCUUCCCCCCACUCUUCCUCGAGGUCUUUGAGGAUCAGGAAGUCUAAAGCCUCAGGCGGCCAGAGGGUGUGCGGAGCUGGUGGGGAGGAGCCUGGAGAGAAGGGGCAGAGCUGGGGGCUGAGGGAGACCCCCACACCUCUUCUCUCCUCCCUCUCGUCCUCGGAUAGAUUCAGCUCCCCACACACACACACACACACCCCGCAUUGCCCCGUCCCUCCUCAGAACCUCCAGCCCUGGGGCAGGGCAAACAAAUGAACUUGCUAUGAAAAGGACAGUG